AUGACAACAACAGGCCGGAAGCCCACCAGCGUCGGAAGUAAAAGAGAUAGUGACGAAGCAAAAUAUGAGUGGGUUCAAGACAUCGAACCCCGGGUCUAUAAGGUGAAAGCCACCAACCCUUGCCAAGCUCCAGAACAAAGUUCUCUUCAAGAAGAGUUGAUAUCUGAGGGGUUUGAUUUAUGUUUUUCAGUAACUGACAUUUGGCAUACUAACCUGCUAUCUCGAGGCAAGAUCGCCGAGGGCUCCAUCAGACGCAUCAAGUUAAGCAUCACGAGCAACGAGGAAAUAGUAAGCUCUCCAUCCAUCACCUGUCAUUUUGGUUUCAUUGAGCUGCCCGUGCCCAUCUAUCACCCAAGCCAUGUCACCGAGCUGAGCAAAAUGCUCAACUUCAUAUGCUUGAGUUGCCUCCGCAUCAAGAACAGCAAGAAUAGUACUACAAAGGGAAGCAAAUUUACUUCAUGUUCGCACUGUCAGGAACUCCAACCGCUCUGCAUAGCAGAAGUCAAGAAAUCCAAUGGUGCCUGUGGCUUGGAGCUGAGAGCACCUGUCCAGAAAGAAUUGGAAGAGGGAUUCUGGAGCUUCCUCGAUCAGUUUGGUGGUUGCACGAGGGGUGCCUCUCAUCGCCGUCCUUUGCUCCCAGAAGAGGUUGAGAACAUAAUAAUGAAGAUCCCUGUAGAAACAAGAACAAGGCUUGCUGUUAGGGGAUAUAUUCCCCAGGAUGGAUUCGUAAUGAACUACCUCUGCGUCCCACCAAACUGCCUGCAAGCUUUCAAUGUUUUGGAUGGCAAUACAUACAUGUGCCCUUCAGGCACAUCAACAAACUUGUUAAGGAAAAUAUUACGUAAGAUACAACAAAUUAGUAGUUCAAGGAUUGGUUCCUCGAAUAUCCAAGUGAAUCAGGUUGAUGCAGAUGAUCUUCAGGUAGCUGUUGCCAACUACAUCAACCUGAGAGGAACAACAAAGGGUCAAGAUGUCACCUUUGCAAGUCAGCCAGCAUCAAUACGGUGGCAACAGAAGAUGAAGACAUUUUUCAUAAGUAAGAGCUCAAGCUUCUCGUCACGUGGUGUGAUUACCGGUGAUCCAUACAUCGGUCUGAAUGUGGUUGGGGUGCCUGAGGAAAUAGCAAAAAGAAUGUCAGUAGAAGAAAGAGUCACAGACCACAACAUUGAUCAGUUGCAAGACAUGAUGAAUAAUGGCCUAUGUUUGACAUAUAUAGAUGCCAAUUCCAUCACAUACUCAUUGGAUGAAGGGCAGGACAAUCAAAAAAAGAAAUACAUCACAUUGAAGGUUGGAGAGAUUGUGAACAGAAGGGUCCUUGACGGGGAUGUUGUCUUCCUCAACAGGCCGCCGAGCACUGAUAAGCACUCGGUUGAGGCCUUCUAUGUCCAAAUCCACAAUGAUCACACCAUGAAGAUCAACCCACUCAUCUGUGGCCCACUUGGAGCAGAUUUUGACGGUGACUGUGUCCACAUCUUCUACCCAAGGUCACUUUCAGCAAGAGCUGAAGUGACAGAGCUUUUUACCGUGGAUAAGCAACUGGUGAGCUCCCAUAAUGGAAAACUGAACUUUCAGCUCAAAAAUGAUUGCUCACUAGCACUGAAGAUCAUAUGUGACAAGGAGUACUCCGAAAGGGAAGCAAACCAAAUUACAAAUGCAAUGUUCUCAUCAGGGAUGUUUCCCCAGAAGCCACUGAUGGGUAGACCUUGCUGGACCUUUCUACAGAUUCUAGAGAUCACUGAUGCAAUAACACUGGCGGACCAUCUUGACAGAGAAUCUGUUGGAUCUUUAGCUACUGGUGCCAUCUCAUCGAUUGUUUCUAUGAAGGGUCCAAGGGAGGCUAUAGAAUUUCUAAAUCUUCUGCAGCCUUUACUAAUGGAGUCAUUGCUUAUUGAUGGCUUCAGCAUAAGCUUGAGAGAUUUCACUGUCCCAAGUCCAAUUCUGGAAGCUAUUCAAAACAGUCCACUAGAGCUAAACAAGUUCAGGGAACCAAUUGUGGACUUCAUAACCCAUUCUUCUGCCAUAGGACUGUUGAUUGAUCCCAAUAGUGAUUCUGCCAUGAAAAAAGUAGUGGAGCAGCUUGGUUUCUUGGGGCCUCAACUGCAACACAAUGGAAAACUAUACAGUAGCAGGUUAGUGGAGGAUUGCCUGUCUAAGUCUCUGCACAGGUCUUUUAGGAGCAUUCGUUGUCACAACCCUUUAGAGGCACAUGGUACUGUAAGGAGCUCAAUUUACCAUGGAUUAGACCCAUAUGAGGCUCUACUUCAUUCUAUAUGUGAAAGGGAGACAAUAAUGUAUGCAUCUAAAGGGCUAGUGGAGCCUGGGAGUCUUUUCAAGAACAUGAUGGCAAGACUCCGAGAUGUCAUUGCAUGCUAUGAUGGAACCAUAAGAACUUCAUCUGGCAACUUGGUUCUUCAAUUUGGCUCAAUGAAUCCAUCAAAUUGUAUGACACCAGGUGACCCUGUUGGCAUCUUGGCAGCCACUGCAGUUGCAAAUGCUGCUUACAAGGCAGUGUUAGCUCCUAAUCAGAAUAACAUAACCUCUUGGGACUCAAUGAAGGAGGUAUUGCUUACCAGGGCAAACUCUAAAACUGAUACCAAUUGCCGAAAGGUCAUUCUGUAUCUGAGCCAGUGCUCUUGUGAAAAUGAAUCCAUGGAAAGAGCACUCACAGUUCGAACCUGCUUAAGGAGGGUCAAAGUAGAGGAUUGUACCACUGAAAUCGCCAUCAAGUAUCAACAGCAAACAACUCAAGCAGCGGAUCGUCUUGUUGGCCAUGUUCACCUUGACAAGAAGAGAUUGAAUCAGAUGCAAACAACUAUGGCGGAUGUUCUUCACAAAUGCCAGGAGGUUUUUAGGAAAAACAUAAAGAAAAGGGGGCAGAUGCGUGAAACAUUGAGGACAGUAACUUUCGUUCCAAGUGAAAGAGUGUGUGAUCAACAUACAUAUAAUGAUAGAGAACUUCAAGUUUCCUGCUUGCAGUUGUUCCUCACUGCAAAGAUAUCUGAAUCUACUGAACGAGUUGUCCACUUGAUGACCAAUGCCAUUUUCCCUGUAGUUUUAGACACAGUUAUAAAAGGUGAUCCUCGAGUUGAGGAGGCUAAUUUAGUAAGGAUUGAACCAGAAUCAACAUGUUGGGUCCAAAGCUUUGGUGCAGAACAGAAAGGCAAGGUGGCACUGGAAAUCACAGUGGAAAAAGCUGUAGCUGCAAAGACUGGCAAUGCCUGGGGAGUAGCAAUGGAUGCAUGCAUCCCUGUGAUCGAUCUGAUCGACACUACCAGGUCUGUGCCGUAUGAUAUACAACAAGUUCGGCAGGUGUUUGGCAUUUCCUCCACAUUCGAAAAAGUCACACAGCACCUUUCCAAGGCUGUUGGAAUGGUUACCAAAUCAGUUCUCCAAGAUCACCUGACAACAGUUGCAAGCAGCAUGACCUGCACAGGCGAUUUGCAUGGCUUCAACAGCUCUGGCUAUAAAGCCACAUCUCAAUCUCUGAAGGUUCAGGCACCAUUUAUGGACGCUACACUAUCUACAUCAACACGAUGCUUUGAGAAGGCUGCAGCAAAGGCCUACUCUGAUCAGCUGGGCAGCAUUGUGUCUUCCUGCUCUUGGGGCAAUAAUGCAGCAAUUGGAACUGGUUCAGCUUUUGAAAUCCUUUGGAACAAUGAGAACAUGUCAUCAAGCAAGAGUAUCCUUGGUGGGUAUGGUUUGUAUGACUUCUUGGAAGCAGUAGAAACAACAAGAGCAACUGAAGAUAAGGCAAUUGUUCCUCAUAAUUCCUGCUUAUAUGAUGUUGACUGCAUUCUAGAGGAUGAAGCAUAUUUGGAAGGAAACAAUCAGAUCGCCUGGACAGACAAACCAAAAGCUGAAUUCCUGAUGGAUUCUGAGGGCAGGACAGGGAUGCACAGCACUGGCCAAAAACAUCAGAGGAAGCAGACUAUGAGUGAUUGGGAAAAUGAUAAGCCAAGUUGGUAUGAAGGAAACACUGGGAGUUCCCCAAAUUUUACUGUAGCAGGAUCAACUAGAACUUGUGGAUGGAACAGAAGUACUGAUCAGGUGUUCCAGAAAAGGCAACUGAAGAUCAAGAGUAACUGGAACUCAGAUGCAACACAGCAAGAUGAUAAGCCAAGUUGGUACAGAUCAAAUAGCACAGGCAGACAAAACUUCAUCGUUGCAGGAUCAUCCAAGCCAGGUGAAUGGAACAGGAAGACUAGCAAUCGUGGUCGAGGUGGUGGCAGAGCAAUGGGGAGAUCAGAGGCAUCACACCGUGGAGGUAGUAGCAGUAAUAGAAAUCGAGGUGGUGGCAGAGCAGUGUGGAAAUCAGAGGCAUCACACUAUCGAGGUAGUAGCAGUAGGAACUGGAAAACUCCGAAAAACAGCAGUACAAGGCAGGCAGCGAGUUAUGCUUUUACACCAGUGGAGCAACAGAUAUCUGCAGAAGUCGAGCCAAUCAUAAAGAAUGUAAAGAGGAUCAUCCGUGAAUCAAGGGACGGUAUUAAACUUCCUCAAGAUGAUGAGGUGUUUAUUGUCAGAAAUAUUCUCAUGUACCACCCAGAGAAGGAAAAGAAGAUAGCUGGCAAGGGCAACUACAUAACAGUUGAUAGGCACCAGGUAUUCCAAGGAAGCAGGUGCUUGUAUGUCAUGUCCUCAGAUGGAUCAAGAAAGGAUUUCUCCUACAAGAAGUGCCUUGAGAACUACAUCAGAGUUCACUACCCAGAUGCUGCAGAUUCAUUCUGCAGAAAAUACUUCAAAUGAUGAACCAUAGCAUGUGCAGUUUCUGCUGCACUCAUGUAUUUGGUGCCCACAAACUUAUCUACUCUACUUCACUAUGAUUGAACAAUGGUCUGUAAUUGUGAACUCGUUACUUCAGA